AUGCCUUACAAUAUAGCGUGGGGUGGAAAGUCAUAUUUACCAAUUGUCAACAGUAAGGAUGCCUACGCCUGGGCGAUCACUUCCUCGAUACUCAUCGUGCUCCAGAAACUUAUCGAUCGCGGCCAUAAAGUGAUUAUUAUUACACAUGCAUACAAGGGACGCACUGGGGUCAGGUAUCUUACAAAUGGUCUGAAAGUAUACCAUGUACCUUUCUUUGUUAUAUAUCGCGAAACCACCAUGCCGACUGUGUUCUCCUUUUUCCCUAUUUUCCGCAAUAUUAUAAUUCGGGAGCAGAUUCAAAUUGUUCAUGGACAUGGAAGCUUGAGUUGUUUCUGUCAUGAAGCCAUUCUUCAUGCGCGCACCAUGGGACUACGGACAGUAUUCACCGAUCAUUCAUUGUUUGGAUUCGCCGAUGCUGGCUCGAUUCUUACCAACAAAUUACUCAAGUUUGCUUUAAGCGAUGUCGACCACGUUAUUUGUGUUAGUCAUACAUGCAAAGAAAACACUGUCCUUCGGGCGUCCUUGGAUCCGUUGAUGGUUUCUGUAAUCCCCAACGCAGUGGUAGCGGAGAACUUUCGACCCCCAUCAUGCACACCUCGCACGAAUGAUCGAUCAUCCGGACCAUUGCAAGAGCUACAGCCUUCACCAAACCCAAUUGGCCCAAAUGACACCAUCACGAUCGUGGUUAUUUCACGACUCUUUUACAACAAAGGCACUGACCUCCUCAUUGCCGCAAUUCCGCGAAUCCUGGCUUCUCAUCCCAAUGUGCGAUUUGUCAUCGCCGGCUCGGGACCCAAAGCCAUUGAUCUGGAACAGAUGUUGGAACGAAAUGUGCUACAGGACAAGGUAGAAAUGCUAGGCUCUGUCCGGCAUGAAGAAGUCCGCGAUGUUAUGGUUCGCGGCCACAUCUACCUCCAUCCUAGCUUGACCGAAGCUUUUGGAACAGUUAUAGUGGAGGCGGCCAGUUGCGGUCUUUAUGUUGUCUGUACACGCGUUGGUGGUAUCCCAGAAGUGCUUCCUCAGCACAUGACAACCUAUGCGAAACCCGAGGAAGAUGAUCUUGUCAUGGCUACCGGCAAAGCUAUAGCGGCUUUGCGCUCCAAUAAGGUGCGCACUGAUCGAUUCCACGAUCAAGUGAAGAUGAUGUAUUCCUGGACAGAUGUAGCACAGCGAACAGAGCGCGUAUACAAAGGUGUCUCCGGUGGAAUCAGUCCUGAAGAAUUUUAUGGAUAUUAUCCCGGCCAAGGCUGGGAAGCAAGUGGUGAUCGCGUCCGGAGUUUUGCCCUCAUUGACCGUCUCAAACGGUACUACGGUUGCGGCGUAUGGGCUGGCAAGUUAUUCUGCCUUUGCGUGGUGAUCGACUUUUUACUAUAUGUCUUUUUAGAGAUGUGGUUCCCUCGAUCAAAUAUCGACAUAGCGCGCAGUUGGCCCAAAAAGCCCCAUCAGAAACAUGGUAACAAUCAACUGCAAAGUGCAAAUCGAAGUGAUCGAGGUCGAUUAGAGUCUACAUCAUGA